UGCCAUGUCAUUUCAUUUCUUCCCAAUCUUUCUUCUCUUCUACUAUAAAAAUUCAGCUUAUGCAAAUGGGAUUUUGCAAAGCCUGCUCUUGUUAUUCUUGUCUACACCUUGAAUCAUCAAAAUGCAGAAACUACAACUUUCAUUCAAGCUUAUAGCUAGAUUUCCAAGAAAUUUCUCCAACGUAAACACAAAAGCAUCAUUUCAAGAUUUCAGUGUCUCUACUAAAAAGUUGAUACUUUCAUCAUCGCUCACCGGAAAAACCACCGGAGGAGAGUUAUUUAGUACCACUAAAUUUCUCUCUAACGGCUCAUCUAUUCCACAAAAAUCUCACCAUAACAUCAUUUAUGAUGCUUUUUCAGCAAAUCAUUUAGUCUUGAACCCCCAUUUGAAGAAUCAAAGCAUUAAUCGUGGGAUUCUUGUUGCAAGAAGUAGUAAUUUGCCUGGAAAUAGUGCUGGAUCAAACCAUCAGAGAUACCGUACCUCGAGUCGUAAGUACUCGUGGUUUCCGUCAACGGACGGUGUUCUUUGGGGGUUAAUCGUAGCUAAUACUGCUGUUUGCACAUUCUGGAAUGGUGCUGAUCCGACAUUUAUGAAACAAAAUUUUAUGAUUUCAGUAGAAAACUUCAAAAGCGGCCGUGUUCAUACAAUGAUUACUUCCGCAUUCAGUCAUAUCGAUGUCGGACAUCUUUUCAGCAACAUGAUUGGUCUUUUAUUCUUUGGCAGCACAAUCGGACGGAUAUUCGGACCACGGUUCUUGCUAAAUUUGUAUUUGGCCGGGGCAAUUGGUGGCUCGGUGUUCUACUUGGUGCACCAUGCUUUCAUUGAUCCGUCGAAAAGGGGAAGGCAAGGAUUGGGUUCAAGUGGUGCUGUGAAUGCAAUUGUCCUGCUUUACAUAUUUCAUUUUCCGAAAUCUAAACUCUAUUUUUAUCUCGUUUUGCCGGUUCCGGCGAUGCUAGCGGGAGCAUUUCUAGUUGGAAAAGAUCUGUACAGGAUGAAGAUGGCAGAUGGUAAAAUCUCUGGAGAAGCUCACUUAGGGGGUGCCGCAGUCGCUGCAAUCGCAUGGUUUGGGAUCCGAAGAGGAUGGUGGAUUUGAUUGAGUCCAUUACUAGUAGUCUAGUACUAGUAUUUUAGAUAAUUGCGUUUCGAGCAUGUAGUCAAAUGGUUGUUUUUAGCCGAUCAAAAAAAAAAUGGUGUUUUUAACAAUGAGUAAAUUCUCAAUUUGCUUUCCA